CUAUGCAGACUGAUGGCAAUUUUCUCUUUCAGAAAGGCAAAGAUAAGCUGCAUGGUCAUGUGAAGCACAAAAGAGAUCUUGAGGUUGUGGAUGAAGAUGUGGAUGAUCUCCAGGAGGAAGUACUUGACGAUGUGGUCGAUCCAUUGGUGGUAGCUGAAGAAGAGGUAGCUCAGCCUGAAAGUGGCAACGGCCACGGCAGAGGCCAUGGCAGAGGCAAAGGCAAAGGCAAAGGCCAUCACCAUGAGCAUCACCAUGGCCAUGGCAAAGGCGAAGGCAGAGGCAGAGGCAAAGGCAAAGACAAAGGCAAAAAGAAUGAGGUGGAACCAGUAAAUGAGAAUGAGGAGUAA